AUGGUGAAAUUGGACUUGAAAACAAGCGUGACGACUACUGGAGAGGUGGUUAGGUGCUGUGUGCAUCCGUUUUUCAAUAACGGACAGAUAUUGGUAGACGUUGCCGUCGGUUUAAAUCCGUACUCUGUAUUUGUUGUAGCUUGCAAGUCAACGUCAGUCCUUGUUUGGAUUGUGGAGAUGAAAGAAAGGAAUACCAAUUCCACGCUGAGACGAGUUUUAGUUGAUUGUGCUGCACAGAUUGCUAUUCAAGGAGAGAGGCGUGUGUUUAACUUCCUUUCUAAGUCCAAUGGAAACUCACCAACUCAAUUUGGUGCCCUUAUCAGUCAUGGAAAAGUUGCUGCUCCAGAGCUCAAAAUCCAUGCCAUAUUCAUGAUACUUUGGUUGAGCUCAGUUGAAUUUGGUUUGUUGGGUGCAAAAAAGGAGGAAAAUCUUAGCCAUUUGUUUAUUCACUGUCCUGUAGCAGUGGAGUUUUGGGCUGUGAUCACUACUUCUGUUGGAAUAUGUUAUGGUUUUGAUGGAGAUCAUGUUAAACCAGUGGACAUGGAUACAUCAGAACUUUCACAGGAGUUGGAUGAGGAGGACGACGAUGAUGUUGUAGAAGAUGCUACAAAAGAGGUCGAAGAUGAAGAGGCUGACGAAGAGGGGGAAGUUGAAGUAGAAGUGGAACAAACCGAGAGUCAAGAUGAGGACAGAAUGGGCAAGGCCAAAGAAGCUGAGGCUAUAAGCCUCUUCAAAUGA